ACGGAAGUAGCUUCACCAGGAGAGGCAAACACGGCAGCGGCUCCAGUUCGUGCUCAGUCGGGCUCCGGUAACGGACAGUAUAACGGGUCGUACUCUCCGCAGCGGACUGUGUGUCUCCCGGCGUGUUUGUGUCGGUGUGUCCGGUGACUGAGGACAUGAUGGAGAAACUGUUAACGGUGACCGUGCUGACGGCUGUGGCUUUAAGUCAGGUCACCUGCAGCCCCGCCACACUGAAGAGGGUCACCAAGGCUCAGAUUCUGGGUUUUGACUGGAAGAACUGUGGGAAGCCAGAUGCUCCGGCGGUCCUGAAGACUCUGAGCGUGUCUCCAGAUCCCAUCUCCAUCCCAGGAGACCUGACCGCCUCCGCCUCUGGAUCCACAUCUGUAGAGCUCAAUGCUCCGCUGGCUGUGAAUGUGACCCUGGAGAAGGAGGUGGCGGGUUUCUGGGUGACCGUCCCCUGCCUGGAGGAGCUGGGCAGUUGUCACUAUCCAGACGCUUGUGACAUCCUGAACCAGCUGAUCCCUCCUGGUCAGGACUGUCCUGAGCCGCUGCACACCUACGGCCUGCCCUGCCACUGCCCCUUCAAAGCUGGCUCGUACUCUCUGCCUCAGUCAGACUUCUACCUGCCCUACAUGGAUCUUCCCUCCUGGCUGACCAACGGGAACUACCGUGUGCAGGGCAUCCUGGGUAGCCAGGGCAAAGAGCUGGGCUGCCUCAAAGUGGCUCUGUCCCUUCACUCUGACUAAACCAACGCCGCCGCCGCUGCUGCCACCGCUGCCGCCGCUGCUGCUGCCGCUGCUGCAGACACUCGGGAGGUUUCAGGUUGUCGUUUAUUUGCACAUAAACCAGUCAAAAAAUUGGGAAACAAAAGCAGAAGUUGCACAAAGUGUGAAACUGAGAAACUUCACAGGGUUUAUUCAAGUUUUUUUAUGUUCGACGACGGUGAGAAAAAAAGACGAUAAGCUCAUUUCACAUUUUUGACGCACAGUUCUUUGGGAGAAAGACGAGACAGAUAUUUUUGGGAAAAGAAAUCUAACAAAUCGUCUGACAACUGCAGAUAAAACUAAUAACAGACGAACAAUGUUCACAGAGUCCUUUAACCAUCAAACAUGGUGCAAUACAGUGAUAUUUUUUUACUGGUGUACACAGAAACAAUAUUCACCUCUGUCUCUGUUUACACAGACUUCAGCUUCACUGGAAAUUAACAGCUACUUUGCAUGAAAGCGACGCUUUAACAUCAUCACAUGCAAACACUGAGAACCACAGGGAUUACAUCACAAAUACUUUUACUUUGGGAGGUUUGGUGUUCGGUUCUUCCACUGGUUAUGGGUGUAUUCACUGUUAUAGAAGGUGAAACAUGUUCGAUGUAUUUCAAUCAGAAACACUGAUCCUUUUUAAAAAUCUAUAAGUAGACUUUUAUUUCAACUUAUAGUCAGAUAUAAAUUAAGUUUAUGUCCAGGACAUCAUCCAGGACACUUCACAGUUUCAGCCUCUGAUGGCUUUGAGACCUUUAAUAAAGUUGUUCACUGACUCAAAGUCAAAAACAAUCGCAUAAACAUUCUGCCUUUAUUGUGUGACAGUGUGAUGUCAUAGUGCGACCAAGAGGUGCCAAAAAAUAUCUUAAAUUAUCCCAUCACAUGAACCCUGUUGUGCCUCGCUGCUGAAACGUUGCUUCAUUUCUGUUCAUCCACAGAGAAAAAGAAUUAUUCAGUGUUUCAGAUUAUUGGAGACAAUUAGCCAAUAAUCACAUCAGAUCAACGGCUGAAUCCAAACGUCCGCACUUCACUGCUCUUGCAGACUUUGCGGGCGGGUUCUCGGGAAGUCUGGGAGUGCUGAGGGCUCUGAAUCCACAAUUCAUCCAGUCCACGAGGGGCCUGAAGAUACAGACUGAAUUAUUUACCCACAGUUCACUGCAGUACAGACAUGACGUUGAGUUUUUUUUUUUCAGUUGACUGACUGAAAACCAAGACAAACAUAUCAUGACCGUAAAACAGUUAUUGGAUUAAAAUGUUACUUGAAUCACGUAGGUCAGAAAUAAUAUUAAACCACAAUAUGAUACAGCAAUAUGUAGAAGCAGAGGCCAUAGAGGGAUUAAUAUGCUUUUCAUUAUAGCAGCCUAACCUUAUAAUAGCUGUGCAGUGUGGUGCCAAAUAUAUAGGCUCGGAAAAUUAGCCAAAAAUAACAACAAACAAAGGUCCAAUGUAACUUACACCCGGUGUAAUCAGUCAUCGUGCGGCCCUAUUUACUAACGUGUCCGUGUUUGUACAGCGAGUCUCUGUUGUCGCAGACUUUACAUGAUGACAGUGAACACAUCACAGUACAAACACCUGAAGUCCAGAGGGCAGACGUUUAGAUUCAGUCUGAUCUGACAUCACACGUGUCAAAGACUUUGAGUCAAGGUUUUGUUUUGUUUUUUGUAAUGGAUAAAUCCAUGUAGCAUCAGCUCUGUUAAAAUAAUAACAUCCUUCAUACAUGCUCAUGUGCUCAUGUGCUCUUUCCUCUGUGUGUGAUUUUGCUUUUUUAAAGUUGUUUUCAUUUCAGUUAUUAAUUGUUUCUUUUUUUACUUCUUUAACGGGAUGUUUUAAAAAAAAAAAAGGGGUCAGUGAAUCACUGCUGGGAAUAAAAACGGCGUAUUCAUGUAGUUUAACUGAUCGUAGCCAAUAUAUGGCAUAUUUUUAUUGAUCUCUGUGUUUUUACCGAGUGCCUGAUCAGAUCUUUACGAGGAGUUAGUGAAUCGAUGCUGUAGAAAUGAACAAAAGAGGAAAAGAAAUCAGGUCGUGAUGAUUUUAAUUUGUUCUAAAUGUUCAGUGUUGAUAACGACGACGAUAGAUUAUGUUUGUACAGUUUUUAAUAAACAUAAUCUUAUAGACGAUGUUUGUUUACAUGUGUUCAGAUACUUUCAAGGGGGGGAUCACCAGAGGCACCAUGAUACCAUAUUAUUACCAUACUUUAAUUAGUUUUGCCUUGACAUAUAUUGCAAUUCAUUACCUUUAUGUCAACUGCAAAUUCUGUCCCCAGAAGAAAACUGUCAACAGUUUUUAUGUAAUAAGAUGACGUUUUCAGUCUGUUCAUCUCACUUCAGUCAUUUUAUUGGGAUAAAAAUGUGUCUAGUGUACGGAAAAAUGAACUGAUUUUAUUCUUCUCGCAGGCUGCCAAAAGUUUUAUCUGCAUUUGCAAUAUUCUUAAUUUGUGAAAUUUAAGAAAUGACACCUGGUGUUCAUGUAUUGAUACAAUAUUGCCGCCCAAAUUACACAAUACAAUACUGUAUUGAUAUUUAGAAAACAGAUUGUUGUGAUAUUGAUGGGGAGAUAAUUCUACAUUGUUAAAAAAAACACAUAUUUAAAGUUUGAAAAGGUUUCAGUGAUUAAUAUUCAUUUGUUAAGUUUAAUAGAAAGAUGAAUUUGAGUUGAACAGGAUUCAACUUGUGGUUUUGGAGGUUGAAGUCCUGCGUUCAGCUGAAAGUGUUUGUGUCCCACAGUUUUAGGGAAAUGAUCCCAAAUAUACCAACAAGAAAACCGAGGACUUCUUCUUCUUAUGUUUUAAUGUCAGCAGAACAGUGAAACGUUCCUGACCGUCAGCUGAACUCAGACCAGACUGAAUACACACAUCCCCUAAAACAAGCAGGAAGUGAAGCCGUUAUUGUCAGUGUGUUUCCUGUGAGAAACGCACUCAGAACAUAAUAAUGGUUCCUAUAUGAUCAAUAUGUCAGUGGAGAUUCAUCAUACUGAUCAGAAGACACUUUAAUCUGCAGCUGUGAAGGAGCAGCUCCAUGUUUCACCACCAGGUGGCAGCACUUCCUCUGACGUUUACACUGUCGUAUUCACUUAGUUAAACAGCACUGCUCCUCACUGCUGGCACUACAGGUACUAAUAAUACAACACUACAUGAAACUAAAAAAACUGCGCUGGACCAAAAGCCAAAAAACACUUUUCACUGUUAUUCUUUUGUGAUUUAACAAAAAAAAAGGUCUUCUGUAACACCUACUGAAUAUCUUGCAGAAAUCAUAAUUCAUUUAUUUCAUUCAACCCAUGUUUAAUCGGGUAAAUCCUGUUGAGAUCAGCAGUCUCUUUUACAAGGGAGAUCUGGUCAAGAGAGCAGUACACAAAAAGUUAAAGCCAAACAACAAAAAUCAUAAAAGAUGUACAGUAAUAUAAAAAAUAUUGUAACACAUACGCAUAAUGACAAGAACCAAACAAAUUCAUUCAACCUUGUCCUUAUGAGAGCUUUAAAACCAGGCAGAUUAUCACGAGCAGGGAUGGGCAGUAUUUCUAUUACUUGUAUUUAAAAUACAUAUUUCAAUUACAUUUGAGUAUUUUGUAAUGUGUAUUUGAUAAGGCCGAUAAAAAGCAAAUGUAAUUUGUAACAAAAUACUUUUAAGUGGAGUAAUUUUGUAUUUAAAAUACUCAAAAUACUUUCUCCAUGCAUCAAAAACCAAAAAUAAUAGGCUACACUUUCUUAUAAUAUUAGAUGUAACUAUAUUUUUACUACUUUUCUAGUAUAGUUACUCAUGGUCUCUAAUUGCAGUAUGCAAAUUUUGACUAUUUUUGGUCAAGGACUUUUUGAGUUAUUCAUGAAAAGCUUUGUGGACCAACCGACCGACCGACUGUGUGUGUCAUAAGCAAACAUAUACAACUGUGGAUGGAUUACUGAACAGGCCCAAAGACUCGAAGCUCACUGAAAAAGAAUCUGCACAGAGUCCAGGAACAAAACGAUGAAGUACAGCAGUGAUACUGAACUUAUGGUAGAAUCUGGCCCCCCAUAGGGUGCUGGGUGGCUCCUCAUCCACUUUCUAAAUCACAAUAAAAAUGAACUGAUUCACACUGGAAA